AUGGGUUCAAUUUACAAAAUUACCAUAACAUGUGAAAUAAUAUUGCAAAACACGAUGAAGCGACAGAACAGUUGUCAAUGGUUGAAUGGCGCCUACACUUCAACGUUAAAGCGAUUAUUGGAUUCAUUUAUGAAAUUGACAGAGAACGUGUGUGUUGAAGUAUUUUCUUCUACUUCAUUACCAUACUUAAUAAAAGAUCUAUGGGAAUCGAACAAUUUGAAUUCAUUUGUGAGAAUGUGGACACAAAAGUUAGCAUAUGAAGUAGAAAUGCAACUUUUUGUUUUGACUCUCAGGCGAUCUUGGUCUGAUCAAAUUAUCGCCGUUGAUUUCACAAGAAUUGCUAAGAAAACAUUCAACGAGAAGAAUAACAUUCAGAUAAUUGGAUUUGCAUCAUUGUACGACUCAUGGUUAUCAAACUUUUAUUGUGCCUUAAUUUAA